CCUCCAUCCCUGCGGCCGAGGGCGGGGUGCGUGCUGUCCUGGCGGCCGAAGCUCCAUGGGGCUUUUGGGUCUCCUAAGCCUCCUGCACUCAGCCUUCUUCGGGAACCAGGCACUGCAGGAUUUGAGGAUGGCCAGCUCCGUGGCCUCCUACGAGCAGCUGGUGCGGCAGGUGGAGGCCUUGAAGGCCGAGAACACACACUUAAGGCAGGAGCUGACGGUCAACUCUACCCAUCUAUCCAAGCUGGAGACAGAGACAUCUGGCAUGAAGGAGGUCCUGAAACAUCUCCAGGGCAAGCUGGAGCAGGAGGCGCGAGUUCUGGUGUCCUCCGGGCAGACAGAAGUGUUGGAGCAACUGAAAGCACUUCAGUCUGACGUCAACAGUCUCUACAACCUAAAGUUCCAACCCGCAGCCCUGGGCCCGGAGCCUGCGGCCCGGACCCCAGAGGGAAGCCCAGUGCACGGCUCUGGACCAUCAAAGGACAGCUUCGGGGAGCUGAGUCGGGCCACCAUCCGCCUGCUGGAAGAACUGGACCAGGAGCGAUGCUUCCUGCUGAGCGAGAUAGAGAAAGAGGAGAAAGAGAAGCUAUGGUAUUACUCUCAGCUCCAGGGCCUGUCCAAGCGCUUGGAUGAGCUGCCACACGUGGACACGCAGUUCUCCAUGCAGAUGGAUCUGAUCCGGCAGCAGCUGGAGUUCGAGGCCCAGCACAUCCGCUCGCUGAUGGAGGAGCGCUUCGGCACCUCGGACGAGAUGGUGCAACGUGCGCAGAUCCGCGCUUCGCGCCUGGAGCAGAUUGACAAGGAGCUGUUGGAAGCCCAGGACCGGGUGCAGCAGACGGAACCCCAGGCUCUGCUGGCAGUGAAGCCUGUGCCAGUGGAGGAAGAGCAGGAGGCGGAAGUCCCCACGCACCCUGAGGAUGGCACCCUUCAGCCUGGCAACAGCAAGGUGGAGGUGGUAUUCUGGCUUCUAUCCAUGUUGGCAACACGCGACCAGGAAGAUACUGCACGCACGCUGUUGGCCAUGUCCAGCUCGCCAGAGAGCUGCGUAGCCAUGCGCCGCUCCGGCUGUCUGCCACUGCUGCUCCAGAUCCUUCAUGGCACUGAGUCCGGGGUUGGGGGCCGCACGGGGACCCCCGGGGCGCCCGGUGCCAAAGAUGCACGCAUGCGUGCCAACGCCGCCCUGCAUAACAUCGUUUUCUCCCAGCCGGAUCAGGGCCUGGCACGCAAGGAGAUGCGUGUGCUGCACGUGCUGGAGCAGAUCCGAGCCUACUGCGAGACUUGCUGGGACUGGCUUCAGGCGCGGGACAGCGGGACAGAGAGUGGUACCGGAGGCACCCCGGUCCCCAUCGAGCCUCAGAUCUGCCAGGCUACCUGUGCGGUGAUGAAACUGUCCUUUGACGAGGAAUACCGGCGGGCUAUGAAUGAGCUGGGGGGGCUGCAGGCCGUGGCAGAGCUUUUGCAGGUGGACUACGAGAUGCACAAGAUGACCUGGGAUCCGCUCAACCUUGCCCUGCGCCGCUACGCCGGCAUGACCCUCACCAACCUCACCUUUGGAGACGUCGCCAACAAGGCCACACUGUGUGCCCGCCGAGGCUGUAUGGAAGCCAUCGUGGCCCAGCUGGCCUCGGAGAGUGAGGAGCUGCAUCAGGUGGUGUCCAGCAUUUUGCGUAACCUGUCCUGGAGGGCCGACAUCAACAGCAAGAAGGUGCUGCGGGAGGUCGGGAGUAUGACCGCCUUGAUGGAGUGCGUGCUGCGGGCCUCCAAGGAGUCCACCCUAAAGAGUGUGCUCAGCGCGCUGUGGAACCUGUCUGCGCACAGCACAGAGAACAAGGCAGCUAUCUGCCAGGUGGACGGCGCCCUGGGCUUCCUGGUGAGCACCCUCACCUACCGCUGCCAAGGGAACUCCCUGGCGGUCAUCGAGAGCGGCGGCGGCAUCCUGCGCAACGUGUCAAGCCUCAUUGCCACUCGAGAGGACUACAGGCAGGUGCUACGAGACCACAACUGCCUACAGACCCUGCUGCAGCACCUCACGUCCCACAGCCUGACCAUCGUGAGCAACGCCUGCGGCACACUCUGGAACCUGUCGGCCCGCAGCCCCCGAGACCAGGAACUGCUGUGGGACCUGGGGGCUGUGGGCAUGCUGCGCAACCUCGUCCACUCCAAACACAAGAUGAUCGCCAUGGGCAGUGCUGCCGCCCUGCGGAACCUGCUAGCUCACCGGCCUGCUAAGUACCAGGCAGCCGCCACGGCCGUCUCCCCUGGCACCUGCGUGCCCAGUCUGUACGUCCGCAAGCAGAGGGCCCUGGAAGCUGAGUUGGACACCCGGCAUCUGGCGCAUGCGCUUGGCCACCUGGAGAAACAGGGUCUGCCCGAGGCAGAGACCACCUCAAAGAAGCCCCUGCCACCCCUCCGCCACCUGGACGGGCUGGUGCAGGACUACGCCUCUGACUCUGGCUGUUUUGACGAUGAUGACGCACCAUCCCUGGCUGCUGUGGCCACCACAGCUGAGCCCGCCAGCCCAGCAGUGCUAUCUAUGUUUCUUGGCGGUCCCUUCCUUCAGGGCCAGGCACUGGCGCGCACCCCACCUGCCCGCCAGGGUGGCCUGGAGGCUGAGAAGGAGACUGGCGGGGAAGCGGCUGUGGCUGCCAAGGCUAAGGCCAAGCUGGCGUUAGCUGUGGCUCGGAUCGAUCGACUGGUGGAGGACAUCUCUGCUCUUCACACCUCAUCGGAUGACAGCUUCAGCCUCAGCUCGGGGGACCCCGGGCAGGAGGCGCCAAGGGAGGGCCGUGCCCAGUCUUGUUCUCCAUGCCGGGGCACCGAGGGUGGGCGGCGUGAGGCUGGCAGCCGGGCGCACCCGCUGCUGAGGCUCAAGGCGGCCCAUACUAGUCUCUCUAAUGAUAGCCUGAACAGUGGUAGCACAAGCGAUGGCUAUUGUCCCCGAGAACACAUGCGGCCCUGCCCACUGGCUGCGUUGGUGGAGCACCGUGAUGACCCUAUGCGUGGGCAGACUCGGCCUAGCAGGCUGGACCUGGAUCUUCCCAGCCGGGCCGAGCUGCCCGCCCGGGAUACGGCAGCCGCUGAUGCCCGAGUGCGCACCAUCAAGCUCUCCCCAACCUAUCAGCACGUGCCACUGCUCGAUGGUGCUGCUGGGGCGGGUGUUAGACCCCUCGCUGGACCGGGAGCCUCACCGGGGGCUCGGAAACAGGCGUGGCUACCUGCAGAUAACCUGAGCAAAGUCCCUGAGAAGCUGGUGGCCUCCCCGCUGCCCGUGGCAAGCAAGGUGCUGCAGAAGCUGGUGGCACAGGAGGGGCCACUGUCCCUCUCCCGAUGUAGCUCUUUGUCCUCUCUGUCUUCCACUGGCCAAGCUGGCCCAAGCCAGGCCGGGAACCUUGACGACAGUGACUCAUCUCUGGAAGGGCUUGAGGAGGCUGGUCCGGGUGACGCCGAGCUGGAGGGGGUGUGGCCAGCAUCAGGCUCCACCUCUCUGCCUGUGUCCAUCCCAGCCCCCUGCAGGGGGCGCAGUCGAGGCCUUGGGGUUGAGGAUGCGACACCAUCCAGCUCAUCCGAGAACUGUGUCCAAGAGACCCCUUUAGUCCUGAGCCGCUGUAGUUCUGUGAGCUCCCUGGGCAGCUUCGAGAGCCGCUCCAUUGCCAGCUCCAUCCCCAGUGACCCGUGCAGUGGGCUGGGCAGUGGCACAGUGAGUCCUAGCGAGCUGCCCGACAGCCCGGGACAGACGAUGCCACCGAGCCGCAGCAAGACGCCGCCGGCGCCUCCCGGCCAGCCUGAGACCAGCCAGUUCAGCCUGCAGUGGGAAAGCUACGUCAAGCGCUUCCUAGACAUCGCCGAUUGUCGGGAGAGAUGCCAGCCGCCCUCAGAGCUGGAUGCGGGCAGCGUGCGCUUCACCGUGGAGAAGCCGGAUGAGAACUUCUCCUGCGCGUCCAGUCUCAGCGCGCUGGCCCUGCACGAGCUGUACGUCCAGCAGGAUGUGGAGCUGCGCCUGAGGCCACAAGCCUGCCCAGAACGUGCAGUGGGUGGCGGCGGCCACCGUCGGAGGGACGAGGCUGCGGGCCGCCUGGAUGGCCCAGCACCUGCUGGUUCUCGGGCUCGGUCGGCGGCUGAUAAAGAGCUGGAAGCGCUGCGUGAGUGUUUGGGGGCGGCCAUGCCCGCCCGGCUCCACAAGGUGGCCUCCGCCUUGGUGCCUGGCCGCCGAGCCCUGCCGGUCCCGGUGUACAUGUUAGUCCCCGCCCCGGCUCGGGAUGAUGACUCUGGCACUGACUCUGCGGAGGGCACGCCGGUCAACUUUUCCAGUGCUGCCUCGCUCAGCGAUGAGACCUUACAGGGACCCUCCCGGGACAAGCCGGGAGGGCCUGGAGACAGGCAGAAACCCACUGGCCGAGCCGCCCCUGCCAAGCAGACCCGUGGGCACCGACCCAAGGCAACAGGCGCUGGUAAGAGCACAGAGGCCGCCCGAGGAGUCAGCAGGAACCGGGCGGGGUUGGAACUACCCCUCAGCCGGCCCCAGAGUGCUCGGUCUAACAAGGAUGGCCCGUGCCAGACCCGGACCCGAGGGGAUGGCGCUCUGCAGUCGCUGUGCCUCACAACGCCCACAGAGGAAGCUGUGUACUGCUUCUAUGACUCUGAGGAAGAGCCACCAGCCACCGCACCGCCACCUCGGCGGGCGUCCGCCAUCCCUCGGGCUCUGAAGCGGGAGAAACCCACAGGCAGCAAGGAGACCCCAUCCAGGGCGGCACAGCCUGCCGCACCACCUGUGAGGGCCCCGCCCAGACUGAUUGUGGACGAGACCCCACCCUGCUAUUCCCUGACUUCCUCAGCUAGUUCCCUCAGCGAGCCAGAGGCCUCUGAACAGCCAGCCAGCCAUCUUAAAGGAGGCCGGGAGCAGGCAACAAGGAAGGACCCCGGCCCGGGCAGUAAACGGGACAGCUCUCCUAGCCCAAGGGCUGAGGAGGAAUUACUCCAGCGGUGUAUUAGCUUAGCCCUGCCCAGGCGCCGGACCCAGGCACCCAGCUCAAGGCGUCGCAAACCCAGGGGUGCUCGGUCUGAUGUGAGGCCCACUGAGAUACCCCGGAAAUGCCGUGAUGAGGUGCCCGGCUCUGAUCCCGCUUCCGACUUAGACAGUGUCGAGUGGCAGGCCAUCCAAGAGGGUGCGAACUCCAUCGUCACGUGGCUGCACCAGGCAGCGGCCAAGGCCAGCCUAGAGGCCUCUUCGGAAUCUGAUUCCCUCUUGUCUUUGCGGUCAGGGCUGUCUGCAAGCUCCACUCUGCAGCCCUCCAAGCCUAGGAAAGGGCGAAAGCCUGGGGCCGAGGCUAAGAGUGCUUGGCAUCCAGAGAAACGCGCCACAGCUUCCACCAAGGUCAGUGGGAGUACCCGGUUUCCUAGUGGUCCUGAGAAGGCAAAGGGUACCCAGAAAAUGGUGACAGGGGAGCCAACCAUACUCAGGGGACGGACGGUGAUCUACACUGCUAGCCCAGCCUCCCGGGCUCAGUCCAAAGGAGUUUCUGGACCCUGUACCGCACCUAAGAAGACAGGGAGAUCUGGGACCACUCAGCCAGAAACUGUCACCAAGGCCCCCAGCCCGGGGCAACAGCGUUCACGGAGCCUCCACCGACCAGGCAAGAUCUCCGAACUGGCAGCUUUGAGCCAUCCACCCAGGAGUGCCACCCCUCCGGCCCGCUUAGCCAAGACUCCAUCCUCAAGCUCUUCACAGACCUCGCCAGCGUCCCAGCCUCUGCCCAGGCGGUCCCCUCUGGCAACUCCAACCGUUGCACCUCUGCCUGGCCCUGGAGGGUCCCCGGUGCCCAAGUCACCGGCCCGAGCCCUUCUGGCUAAGCAACACAAGACCCAGAAGUCACCGGUUCGGAUCCCGUUCAUGCAAAGGCCAGCCAGGCGAGGGCCACCACCACUAGCGGCAUCAUCCCCAGAGCCUGGCCCCAGGGGCCGGACUGGGACUGAUGGGGCUCCUGGGGUGCGCAGCAGCCGGCUGGGCCUAGUGCGCAUGGCGUCAGCCCGCUCGAGCGGCAGUGAGUCCUCGGAGCGCUCAGGCUUCCGUAGGCAGCUCACCUUUAUCAAGGAAUCUCCAGGGCUCCUCCGUCGCCGCAGAUCUGAGCUGUCCUCUGCGGACUCCGCGGUCCCCGCCUCCCAGGCCGCUUCGCCCCGUCGUGGACGGCCUGCACUCCCCGCCGUCUUCCUCUGCUCCUCUCGCUGUGAUGAGUUGCGGGCAUCUCCACGGCAGCCCCUCGCAUCGCAGAGGUCCCCACAGGCCAAGCCAGGUCUCGCCCCACGUGUACCCAGGCGCACCAGCUCUGAGAGCCCCUCACGCUUGCCGAUGCCGGCGACCCCGGGGCGGCCUGAAACAGUCAAGCGGUACGCAUCCCUGCCACACAUUAGUGUGGCACACAGGCCAGAUAGCACCGCCUCUGUUCCCACCUCUCAGGCUAAUGCCACUCGCCGGGGAAGUGAUGGCGAGCCCGGGCCCCUGCCUAGGGUCGCUGCGCCGGGUACCACGUGGCGCCGUAUCAAAGACGAAGAUGUCCCCCAUAUCCUGCGCAGCACACUGCCUGCCACUGCCCUGCCUCUCAGGGGCCCAUCACCCGAAGACAGCCCUGCUGGGACUCCACAACGCAAGACCAGUGAUGCCGUGGUACAGACAGAGGACAUGGCCACCUCUAAGACCAACUCCAGCACGUCACCCAGCCUGGAGAGCAGGGAUCCCCCACAGGCCCCGGCUGGCGGCCCUGUUGCUCCCCUGGGCAGUGACGUGGAUGGACCAGUCCUCACCAAGCCACCUGCCUCAGCACCCUUCAGCCAUGAGGGCCUGAGUGUUGUUGUGGGGGCCUUCCCCACCAGCAGGCAUGGCUCCCCCAGCAGGGCUGCACGGGUUCCCCCUUUCAACUAUGUGCCCAGCCCUAUGGCAGUGGCUACAACGGCCAGUGACUCUGCUGUGGAGAAAGCCCCUGUCACCUCUCCAGCCAGCCUCCUGGAGUAGCGGGUGUGGGCCGGAACAUUCUCUCCUUGCCCUAUGGCCCAGGCUGGUUGCCCUGUGGGCCUGCUCUCUUCAUGCUGAGUAGGCGCACCUCCGCCCUCAGAGCCCGUUGACGCUCACAUCUCCGUACCUUAGAGCCAGCCCUUGCUUCUGUGCCCAGGGCUCCAGGGAACCGGCUACAGACUUGACCGCAGGGCACACACGGCGCCAUUUUUCUGGGAUUGGCCUGGGAUGGGAGGGGGUGGACAGCCAAGUACUGAGGGCCACUAGCUCUGGGCCCCAUGCAGGACCUGCCCUGGGCUGCACCCAGUGGGAGGGUGCACAUGGCCUCUAGGGAGAUGACUGAGGUGGGGACGGGCUGGAGGCGGGGCAUUGAGGCUCCGCCUGGCAGCUGGGACUGUCUCAGCCCUUCAUGGAGGAAGCCUGUAAUUAGUGCUGCGGUAAUUGGUUAAUGAGGACUCUGCCAGGCAUGUUUGCCUUCUCUGAGGCAGCUGAGGAGCGCUGGGUGAGAGUUUGCAGCCAAGCUGCUCAUGGAGCGUCCGUCAUGGCCACUGAGAGAUCACCAAGCCUG